AUGUCGUAUAAUGGUAUAGGUUUAUCCACAGCUAGAGGGUCUGCAACAAAUGGUUAUAUCCAGCGAAACAUUUCCAACAGGUCUCAGACAGACCCACACCAAAAGAACUAUUAUGAAAGACGAAAAUACUUGAAAGAGAAAAAUGAAUUGGAAAAAAAAAAGGCGCUAAAGACUUUGAAUUUUAAAGGUGAUAAAGAGAUUUUAUUACACGAAAAAAAGAGAUUGAUCCAAAUUAAAUGCAUGGAGUUACAAGAACAACUAGAAGACGAACAAGAAAAUGGCGAUGAAGCUUUAACUGAUGAAAUUAUUUCACAAAAAGUAAAUGACUUAAAAUCUAAAUUAUUUGAAAUGUUUAAUAAAAAUGAGGAUAGUAUAUUAGAGAAUCAUUUAAAUGAAUCUUACAAAAAUAAAAAUAAUAGACAUAAA